AAAGUGUGGGUGUACAAAACGUUCCACCGAGAAAAGUGUGGGUGUCGAAACACCCGCCUUCUCAAGGGGGAGACAAAACAAACAAAAAGUUUGGCUGUUAAAACCUUUCCCCUGAGAAACUGUGGGUGUUAAAAGAUCCACGUCCUGAGUGGAAGUGGUGAAAGUGUGGGUAUGGUUAUCCUCCCAUCAUUUCUUGCGCUUUUUCAUUUUCCCUCUGAAAGGUUGUGUGGCUCGCAUGCAGUACACACUGUGGCCACCUGGUGGCUCGCAAGCGUCUCGCUGUCUCUCUCUCGUGCUCUUUCUUUCCCUCUCUGUCGCUCUUUUCCUCUCUCUGUUUGAGCGCCACACUUCAUAACUUCGUUUCCCAGUCGGCGAGCUCAUGGCGGAGCUUGAACCUGUGGACGGGGAGUUGAGGAGGAAGAGGAGGAAGAAUCCCAAGGCCACGGCAGCAGGUCAGGAUCAUGCGCGCACUCGCUGGACACUUCAUUAGGUACACCCAAGAGUUGUGGCACCUUACAAUAAGGGGGCCUUACAAAUGCCAAAUUUUAAUCAAGAAUCUUUAUAAAGAUUUCAUUAAGUCAUAUAAGAAUUAAAUGUGGUAGCAAACACCCAAUUGUAUGUCGUUAAAACUGAUGAUUUAUAAGUAUCACUAAUUAACUCAUUCACUGGCAGCCUUCCCAGUUCCCAUGGAUAUUUGACUUCUAAAGCCGUCAAUGGCAGUGGAUGUGUUAACCUCCCCUGUAUGAGGUCACCGCAUUGGCCACUCAUUCGGACAUUCAGCGCAUUCCUAAUGGGUGUUUUUUAAACACCCACGCUUGUCGUCACCCUUGUGAUGUGAAUGUGUGUGUGUUCACUUGCAACACGCGUGUACACAGGUGUGACAUAAAACCUGGGUAGGUGAUGUGGGUGGAUGAGGUGAUAUUGAUGUAGUGCAUUAACAGCGGGAGUUGAAGUCUUUCACCGGGAAAAGUGCAGGUGUUGAAACACCCACAUCCCCGCAGGUGUUUUGAAAAGUGUGACUGUUGAAACCUUCCACCAGUAAAAGUGUGGGUGUUGAAAACCUUUGCCUGAAAAAUGUGGGUGUUGAAACAUUUCAUCACGAAAAGUGAGGGUGUUGAAACAUCCACAUCCCCUGCGGGUGCACCAAAAAGCGUGGGUGUUGAGACUUUGCAGCCGUGGGGUCAAAUGACGCCGAGGGGGAUGACGAUGGUGUGGCUGAAGUCACACAACAGCUGGAGAAGACAACGCUGGAGGACAAAGAAGAGCGGGACGAGGACAGGCGAGAAGACGAUGGCGACAAGGAAGAUAACUCAACUGCCAAGAGGAAGAAGAAGACAAAAAAGAGAGGAAGCUACAGUGAAGGGACAGACUGACCCCCCCUCCGUCCCCGUUUGCCAACUUUAUCCCAGCGGAGACUUCCCCAAGGGAGAGGAGUGCGAAUAUCCGCCCCUAAAAGACGGGCGCAGUGCGGCGUGGCGGACGUCCAGUGACGAGAAGCGAGCUCUGGACUCGGCCAACCGGGAGAUGUGGAGCGACUUCAGGCAGGCGGCCGAAGCUCACCGCCAGGUUCGCUCGUAUGUGAGGAGCUGGAUCAGACCUGGCAUGACUAUGAUUGACAUCUGUGAGAAGCUGGAAGAUUGCUCCAGGAGGCUCAUUAAGGAGAACGGGCUCCAAGCGGGUUUGGCUUUCCCCACCGGCUGCUCUAUCAAUCACUGCGCUGCCCACUACACCCCGAACGCGGGAGACCCCACAGUGCUGCGCUACGACGACGUCUGCAAAAUAGACUUUGGAACUCACAUCAACGGCCGAAUAAUAGACUGUGCCUUCACCGUCGCUUUCAAUCCAAAAUACGACAGACUGCUGGAGGCUGUGAGGGAUGCGACAAACGCCGGAAUCGAGUGCGCAGGUAUCGACGUGCGCCUGUGCGAUGUCGGCGAGACCAUCCAGGAGGUUAUGGAGUCCUACGAAGUGGACAUCGAUGGCAAAACGUAUCAAGUGAAGCCAAUUAGGAACCUCAGUGGUCAUUCCAUUGGACGGUACAGGAUACACUCAGGGAAGACCGUCCCUAUUGUAAAAGGCGGAGAGGCCACACGGAUGGAGGAAGGCGAAGCUUACGCCAUCGAGACAUUUGGCAGCACGGGCCGUGGCGUAGUCUACGAUGACAUGGAGUGCUCGCAUUACAUGAAAAAUUUCGACGUGGGACAUGUGCCGAUAAGCUUGGAAACACGGAAAAUGCCAACACAGAGCAUGACUGGACCUCAUGUUUUGACGGGGUUAGGACUUCCAAGGGCCAAACACCUACUGAACGUGAUCAACAAAAGUUUCGGCACGCUGGCGUUCUGCCGCCGCUGGCUGGACCGGCUGGGCGAGAGCAAGUACCUGCUGGCGCUGAAGAAUCUGUGCGAGCUGGGCAUCGUGGACCCGUACCCGCCUCUGUGCGACAUCAAGGGCAGCUACACGGCGCAGUACGAACACACCAUCCUCCUCCGGCCCACCUGCAAAGAGGUGGUCAGUCGGGGCCACGACUACUAAGACUUUACAAGCCCAGUUAUUCCUGACUUCACAAUGCGGGUCAUGGCUUCUCUGCUCAGAAGCCAGGACCUGCAUUUACAACUGAAAUUCCAAAAAUGUGUUCCAUGGAACUCUAUUUGUUUAGUUCUAAGUCUGUUCUUUUCAUUUGCUUUCAUUUGUUUCUCUUGGCUGCACUACUUCCAGAACAUGCAUGUGGAUGUAAGAUUUUCUUUUUUUUUUUUUUUUUUGUCCAAUCAGAUUUCAACCCUGGCCCACUUCAACUGCAUUAGCAAAGGGAUUGGUGGGUCAGUGCAAAAACUGUCACAGCCGAAUUCGACAUCUGUAGUAACCUGCACACAUUAUUAUAUUUAAUAAUCAGCGGUAAUUGUUUACACUAUAGGCAUGUUAUUAGAUAAAUAUCAAUUUCCUAGUGCUCUUGAUGGAAUAGUUACAUAUAAGAUGGUAUUACAUCAUUAUUUGUGCUUCUGUUUUCCUCUCCAAAUGAAACAAAGGGCAUAUGGAGUGUUGUUGCACUGCUUUUGGGAAAUAUGAAAUAACAAAUGUACAACAUGCAAA